UUUUUCUUUUGAAGAAGUCAAUACUCUGUUAGAUAGUUGUUUAAAACAUUUAUCUUUUUUUUGAGAAAAUAUAAAAAUUUAUAAUUGCUUGGAUUAUAAAUAUAAUUAAACUCCAAAUCUACAUAAAACUGCAUCAUUGUUGUAUUUUUUGAACAUAAGACAAAUCCUAAUAAUCAAUCAGACUUGUUUUAGCAUUGCUCUCUUCCUCUUUUCUCUCUAAUUCAUCCAAGGCUAGUUUUUGUUUGGGUUUGCCGCUGUUUUUUUUAUUCUCGCACUUAAUCUUUUAUUUGUUUUUAAUUAACUCAAAUUUAUUUUCUUAUAAUAGAUAUGUUUUUUCUUUGUUUUUUUGUUAUUGUUGUUUUGUCUGUAUAUGUGGAGUUAUUUUGCACCUUCUUCCAUCCGUGAGGGUUUAAUUCUUUUUUUGUGAAGGUUAUUAUUAAAAUGUAUGAUAUUUGAUUUUAUUUGGUUAGAGAAUUUGGAUCUUGCUUUACUGAUGUGUAUCUUCGAUAAAUGAAGGCUGGUAGUACGGAAUGUUAUUCCAUUGGUGCUAUUAACACAUAGUGGCUUGAAUUCAUAUGUGUACUUCAUAUGCAACAAGUUUUUGGAAAAGCAAUUCAAGUAUAGAAGAUUCAGAGAAAUUAUUUUGUCGUCCAAAUCAAUUAAAGGACUAGUUGUUACCAUUUAUAUCGAUCAAGGUAAAGAACAUGGAGAAAUCUGUGUACCACCGGCACCAACAUCGCCUAUUCUUGGACAAGGAGAUAGGUAUGGCUCCCAAUAACCAUGAAGACAAAACAAGUAGUAAUUACUAUGCAAGCAAGUCAACAAAUUUCGAUAACAACAUGGUUAUAAUAUUAGCAGCUUUGUUAUGUGCAUUAAUGUUUGCUCUUGGUCUAAACUCUAUUGUACGGUGUGCUAUAAGAUGUGGGUAUAGAUUUGUGUCUGAGACUACUCCAACAGCUACAGCUGAAGCUACUGGACUGAAGAAAAGCACAUUGAAGCAGAUUCCGGUGGUAGCAUAUGAAUCAGAGCUAAAUACUCCAGUAACAGAAUGUCUGAUUUGUCUCGGAGAAUUUGAACAAGGUGAAAAGGUUAGAAUUUUGCCAAAAUGUAACCAUGGUUUUCAUGUGAAAUGUGUAGAUAAAUGGUUAUUGUUACAGUCAUCGUGUCCGCUGUGCCGGCAACCAUUACUGGAUCAAGUCUAACAUUAUUGUACAAUUUUGUUCUAAUUAGCAAUAUAAAUACUCUUGCCGUUUGAUUCGAGAA